AUGCAGGGAGAGGGAGGAGAAGGGGGGGGGGGCGGGGUAGGGGCUGUGCAUGGGACCGCAGAUGCGCGUGCAGAGGGCAGCAGGGCGCACGGGGCGCACAGGGCAGCAGGGCAGAAGGGAGCACGGUGCGCGCAGGACAACAGGGUGCGCGUGGCAUGCAGUGCUGCAGGGCGCGCGGGGCGCACAGGGCAGCAGGGCAGCAGGGCGCGCGGGGCGCGCAUGACAGCAGGGCGCGCGUGGCGCGCAGGGCUGCAGGGCACGCGGGGCGCGCAGGGCAGCAGGACAGCAGGGCGCGCGGGGCGCGCAGGUAAGCAGGGCGCGCGGGGCGCGCAGGGCUGCAGGGCUCGCGGGGUGCACAGGGCAGCAGGGCAGCAGGGCGCACGGGGCGCACAGGGCUGCAGGACAGCAGGGCGCGCGGGGCGCACAGGGCUGCAGGGCGCGCAGGGCGCACAGGGCAGCAGGGCAGCAGGGCACGCGGGGCGCACAGGGCUGCAGGGAAGCAGGGCACGCGGGGCGAACAGGGCUGCAGGGCAGCAGGGCGCGCGGGGCGCACAGGUCUGCAGGGCGCGCGGGGCGCGCAGGGCUGCAGGGCGCGCGGGGCGCGCAGGGCUGCAGGGCAGCAGGACAGCAGGGCGCGCGGGGCGCGCAGGGCUGCAGGGCGCACGGGGCGCACAGGGCAGCAGGGCAGCAGGACACGCGGGGCGCGCAGGGCUGCAGGGCGCACGGGGCGCACAGGGCAGCAGGGCAGCAGGACACGCGGGGCGCACAGGGCUGGAGGGCAGCAGGGCGCGCGGGGCGAACAGGGCUGCAGGGCAGCAGGGCGCGCGGGGCGCACAGGGCUGCAGGGCGCGCAGGACAGCAGGGCGCGCCAGGGGGAUGGAGGAGAAAGGGGGGGGGGGGGGGGCGGGGGGGGGGCUGGUGCUGCAGAUCCCCUCCCCCCCACUGCUGCACCCACAGCAGGGGAAUGGAGGAGAAGAGGGGGCGGGGGGGGCUGCAGGGAGAGGGAGAACGAAGUUGGGGGGGGGCGGGUCCUCGGGCGACGAGGCAAGGGGCAACGAGGCCGCGGGCGACAGGUCCUCGGGCGACGAUGUGCUGGAGGAGGAGGAGGACGGUGCGCACCCCAACCCGUUCUACGAAGACCCCUCGCACGCCCCUGAGCCCCCCGCCACCAAGGACGACGAGGCAGGGGACGAGGAGGAAGGGCUUGCAGGGGAGGAGGACGUGGUGGAUGCCACUGCCGAGGAAGGGGAUGGGAUGGCUCCGGACGAGGAGGGGGGUGAGGCAGAUGCAGAGAUGGGAGGUGUGGAUGAGUGGAGUGAGGAUGGAGAUGACUAG